AUGGCGAGGCGACGCCGCAGACAGAAUGAUGCGGUCGCCAACGCCCUCCUGCUCGCCGCUCUCGCCUUUUCCCCCCCCCUGGACCCCUCCAUCCGCUUCCUCACGUACGAAUGGCUGGACGAGCCGGGCGGUCUAGCCGACUCCCUCACUGGCCUCGCCACCGCAUUCGCCUGCGCGCUGCUCACACGCCGAGCCUUCAUUCUCCGCCACCCGCUCCUGCCGCUUGCGUUCGCGCCGAACCUCAUCGACUGGUCGUUCUCACCUGACAUUCCGAUCGAGCCGGCUCGGCGGAUCGUUGUGAAAAGGGGAGUGUUGGUGAGGCCUGAAUGGGGAGGAGGAGGAGGUGGUGGAGGGAGUGUGGGGGGUGACGGGGGGAGUGGUGGGGAGGAGGGGGGGAGGCGGAGGGAGGGGAUAGUGCAGGAGGGGGAGGUGGUGGUGGUGGAUCUGAGGAACCAGUUUCUGGAGCCCGAGGAGUUCUUCGCGUUGCUGGACACAGCCUUGAACGUGCGGCUGUCGUGGAACAGAGGCCUGCUCACCUAUUGGCUCGUGCAGGCGGUGGAUAAGAAGUGGAGUGACCGCCUCAAGGGCAUGGCCAUGCGCCCUCCGUACGCCUUUGGCUGCAUCCUUCGCUUCCUUCUCAAGCCACAGCCAGGCGUGAUCGCAAAGGCCGAAGCCAUGUACCACCGCCUCUUGUCCACUCCCGCCCCCUCCUCCCCGCUCCGCCAACCUCAUUCUCCAACCGCUGGCCACUCGGGAGCCCCUGAUGGCUUCUCGAGCCACAGAGUGGCGGUGGUGGGCAUUCACCUGAGAGCGAACGACACGUUUGUGUGGCAGGGCAAGGAGGGCUUUGGGGAGCCCAAGGCUCUGAGCGACGGGGAGAGGGGCGUGCUGAUGGCGUGGGCAGACAGCUACAUGGCAUGCGCCGAGAAACUGGAAUUUUGGUGGAUGCCUCCUCCAGCAACCGUGAGGUGGCUUGUGAUCAGCAACUCACGCCAACUCAAGGAAGAUCUGAAGCUUAAAUUCCCCCACAAG